AUAAUUUUUUCAUACUUGUUAGGUUGUAUGUAAGGAUGUUAGAAAUGUGUUCCUGUUGUCAUGUUGUCGCCUCUAUUCUUUGUUGUGCUCUAUCCUCAGUGCAGCGGAGAGUCUCUGAAAGGUGAGUUAGUCUCUACAGGUAACCCCAUAGCAACUGUGUGCUGAGACCUGUCUGAUUCUCAGUGAUCAUCAUAGAUGCACAUUUAUAAAAGGCCGCUUCUGCCUAGAUGCGUUGAUCAUUGUUUUAAUAAAAACUUGGCUAACUCCUAUUUUUAUUUUAUGGUCAAUGAAUUCUGAAUUUAUGCUUCUUAAUUAAUGAAAUGUUUUAAUUGAUUUCUGAUUAUGUUUAUGUUAUUGAUUAUGUUAUUGACCGCGUUGGGAUGGCUUUGCAUCAGAAAUCCUCCAAGAGGUACGAAUGAGAAUGACCUUAUCCUAAUCUGUUUUAGAAUAAACUAUGACCAACCUUAAAAUAUAAAAAUAUAAUAAUCACCAAUUCUUGUUGUAAAUGUUAGUUUUUUCCAUCAAAUCAACACAUUCACACUCUGCUUGUAUUUCCGAGGAUGUAUGUUGUAUUCUGUAAAUCCUAAACCGUAGACAAAAUCGUUGUGAGAUUAGUGCAGAUGAGCAUGCUACAAUUAUUUUGGUUUUUGACUUCUAUUUUCAUAGUUGAUUUAAGUGUUUAGACUUCUUUUAAAAUGUCUCAUUUAAAAUCUGUUGAAAUCCAAGUGUUGGUUCAGCUCAUCUACAAUCUUUCCAACAUGUUGAUUUGGAUUCUGUCGACCAUUGAAGAUGGAUGCAGAUUGCAGACAGGUAAAGGACCUCUCUAGUGAAGCAUUGGCUGAUUCUGGUUUAUUACCAAGUAGGUAAUACAACUAUUGGGCGUAAUUAAACAAGGAUUUCUUGUGACUUGGGUUUCUGUUUCAAACAUUAUUGACCUAUUCAGCCCUUAUUUUUGAAUGGAAAAUAUUUGUACUUGUUAUGAUUUAAAUAAAGGUUUGAAAGGUUAUUGUCUUUAAUUAUUGUGAAUUUCACACACGGUUGGGUGGGAGGGUUUAAAUUGACAGAAUAAAUUAGGGUGGAUUACUUUGGAUUAAUUGCAUGGUUCCAGGCUUAGUGUUUUGGGUCUGAACUAGUAUUGGCUGUAAACAUGACACGGUGAAGUCCUGGCCGGCAGAGGGGAGUCCUAACCAGCAGUGGGGGGUCCUGGCCUGCAGGGGGCAAUCUCCUCAGUCCGCAGUCCCUCCGGAAGAAGAAGAGCACAGCCGCCAUUAACAUCCGAGCGGUUUGUGUUCGGCAGAAACUUCAAUGAAAGCGUCCAACCCGCUGCAAACCAAGAUACCGUGAAUACCCCAUAUCAACCGUUCCUUCAAUAGGCGUUAGCUUUAGGCAGUAUAGUUCGGGCUCGGACGGUAUAAUGUACCGCGGUCGCCCCCCGCACCGAGGAGGCUACCCGCCGCCGUUCGAAGGCCGUGGACCGCCCUUCGGCCACGCGUCGGGACGGUCUUACUCCCCGCCGUCCUACCGGGAGGAGAGGGGCAGGCCCCGGUCCCCGUACCACCAGCACGGCUACCAUGACCGCGGCCAACCGUCCGACUCCUACAGGCGCUCCCCGCCCCGGAGGAGGUACCCCUCUCCCGGGCAGGGCAGCCACCGAGGCGGGGAGUACUGGGGAAGCGGGCCGCCCAGAGAGAGAUCUCCUUCUCCACGAGGACGUCACCCCAUCGACCACAACCUGGUGAUCACCGUAGGCAACGAGCUGACGGGAAAGGGGGGGCCGCCCACUUCUCGACAUUUGUCCUCCCCAGAUGACAGGCCAAGGGGGCGGAGCCGCAGCCCCGACCGGAGCCGUGCCAAGAGCCGGGGGCGGAGCAAGAGCCGAGCUCGCUCCAGGAGCCACAGCCAGACCCCUGAGAGGGGCCGCGCACGUAGUAAGAGCCGUGCUCGGAGCAAGAGCCGCGGGAGAAGCAAAAGCCGCGCACGUAGCAAGAGCCGCGGGAGGAGCAAGAGUCGGGUCCGCAGCAAGUCCAGGUCCCACUCCAGGUCCCCGUCGCGGUCCCGGUCCAGAGGGCGGAGCGCUGGGCGUGCGGUGAGCCGCGGGCGUAGCAGGAGCCGGGCGAGGAGGAGCUGGAGCAGGAGCAGCAGCGGGAACAGCGUGGACAGCGACCGCACCAAGAAGCAGUUCCAGGAGCUGGAGCUGGCCCGCCGUAGGAAGGAGAUGGAGGAGCUGCUGAACCGGCCCACCAAGUCCAUCCUGAAGAAGCGCCUGGGCUCCGAGGACUCAGCCUCCCGCAUGAGCAGCGACUCCCCCAGCGGGCAGGAGGGCGGUAACAUCUCCCAGGUGGCCCAGCGCCUGCUGAGCGCGGUGAAGGGGGUGGAGCCCGAGGCCCUGGCCUCCGUCCUGGCGGAGCUGAAGGCGGACCCCCAGCUGGCCCAGCGGGUGGGGCUAGACCCUGAGAUGGCUGGGAUCCUCCAGCUGCUGGGGGUCCAUCCCGGGGGGGGCCGGGCCAAACCCAAGGACGUCAUCGAGGACGAGGAGGAGUUCCUUUACGGGGACAGUGAUGACAUCAAGCCCCAGGGGCCCUCCGAGGCUGGGCGGGGGGGCCCCCCGCAGCAGCAGGCCUACUCCGAUCUCUACGGAGAGCUGACGGAGGACGCACUGUACGGGGAGCCCCAGCCCUACGCCCACCCUCCCCCCGCCCCCCAAGGCCGCCCUGCCCACAGCGACCCCGCCGUGGCCCCCCAGCAGGGAGAGGGGGCCGAGGAGUACCAGGCAAUCCAGGGCCUCCUGAAGACCAUCGGGCUGGACCUGGGGGUCACCGAGAUCAGCAAGAUGGCCGCCCGCACCAAGGAGCGUCUCCACGGCAACAAGCCCCCGCCCAAGACCCCCACCCGGCAGCAGCGCUACUCGUCGGGGAGCUCUGAGCGCAGCGGGGCGAGUGGGCGGAGCCGGCGCCGGAGGGGGCGGAGCAGCAGCAGCAGCGGCAGCUCGGACAGCAGCCGGAGCCGCGCCUCCAGCUGGAGCAGCGGCGAUGAGGAUGCCGCCGGCCGGAGGCGCCACCAGGCCCCUCCCCCCACCGCAGCCAGGCCCCGCGCCGUCAAGCAGCUGAAGGGCGAGCGGGGCUCCUGGGAGGAGGAGCGGCAGACCCCCCCCGCCCUGGCCCCAGAGCCCGGCCCCCCGCCCGCGCCCCCUGCGGCCCCCCCCUACGGCAUGGCGCCCCCCCAGAGCUACCCCCCCCACGCCUACGGCCAGUACGGCAGCUACAUGCCCUACAUGCCCCAGCAGUGGCCCCCCAUGUACCCCCCCCCCGGCAUGCCCCAGGACUACCCAGGGCCCCCCCCCUACGAGCGGCCCUUCAACACGCUGGUGCAGCCCGAUCUGACGUCGCUGAAGAGGCUGGAGAUGUCGAAGGAGCGCGAGCGGUGCAGCAAGGUCCUGUCAGAGGAGAAGAACAACGAGAGCCAGAAACAGAAGGUGCUGGAGGAGCGGGAGAAACUGCUCCAGGAGAGGGAGGUCCGCAUGAAGAAGAAGGAGUGUCUGAUGAAGGAGCUCGAGAGCCUCCGCAAACAGCAAGGCGAGCUGCUGAGGAAGAAGCGGCGGGAGAAGGACGGCCACAAGGACCCCCUGCUGUGUGAGAUCAGCGGGCUGCAGGAGAGCGUCAUGCGACAGAUCUCCGAGCUGCGUCUGGAGCACGAGGCGGCCGAGAGGAAACGCACCGAGAUCGACAAGGUGGCCCUCAUCCUGGGGCUGGACCCCUCGGACCGCCCCCGCCGGGCCCCGGCCGCGGACAAGACCGGCCCCGAGGGGGGCCCCGCUGACAAGCAGUGUGCCGAGGCGAGAUCCACUCCGAACCAAGACACGCCCCAGACGACUGGCUCCUCCCCCUCAAAGACCUCUGAGAAGUUUCAGUACUUUGACUCGGGAGAACAUUGGUGCAAAAACUGUAACGUCACCACCGGCUCCAUGUUUGUUUAUUUCACACAUUUGCAAGGCAAGGGGCACAGAAAGACUCAAGACCCCUACGACAGACCCUGGGCCCCCCCUCUCUCCAAAACCGUCAACAUCCCUUCCGGGGAGAAGGUCACCAAGCCGGCUAAAGGCUCAGAGUUUCUGCUGCCGGUGAGGGGGUUCUACUGCCGCUUGUGCAAAGAGUUUUACGGAGACGCCAUCUGUGCGGAGGAGCACGUCACGACACACGCUCACAACGAGAAGUACAAGCUCUACAUGAUGGAUAAACCUCUCUACGAGCAGAGGAGGAGCCUCGAGCAGCAGGCCGGGCUCACCCUGGACUCUGGGAAGAAGCGCAAGCACAUGGAGGGUCCUGGAGACCACGAUAAGGAGGAGAAGUCCAAACACAAGAAGGACAAGAAGGACAAGGAGCAGAAGCGUGGGGAAGACGUGAAGAAAGAAGAGAGGUACAAACCGAACAAGGAGGAGGUGGAGGAGAAGUUCAAGUCGAGCAGCAAAGUGGAAACGCCCAGGAAGGGGGAGGAGGAGAAGGCUGCACUCAGCAAGAUGGUGGAAGACGAGAAGCAUCGGCCCAUGAAGGACGAUCGACAACGGUACAGCCGGGAAUACAACGAGAGCGACGGGCCGAAAUACGGUAAAAGGGACGAAGUGGAAAAAUACAAACACUCCAGAGAAGAUGAUUACCGCUACCGCUACCGCCAAGACGAGGAUCGAUCGAGGCCCAGCCGGGGGGAGGAGCGCCCCAGAUACGACGAGGACCGGCACCGUCCCAACAAGUACCCGGAACCCAGGUCCAAGCACGAGCGGGAGGAGCCCAAGCCCAAGAUCGAGAAGGAAAAAACAACACCUGUUAAAAGACAAUUCAAGGAGGAGGCAGAGGUCAAAAAGCCCGAGCCCCCCCCAAGGCCCUACGACCCUCCUAAGAUCAUGUGUGGACCCAGUCCCGCCAUGAGGGCCAAGCUGCGCAAGCAGAGCCUGGAGUCGGCCAAGGCGGCGGCGGCUACGGCCCCCGUGGCGCCAGCAGCCCCGGCCCCUCCGGCAGCCCCCCUUGGGGCUGCCUUUGGCAGAUUCACCUGGAAGAAGAAGGAGAGCGUCCUGGCCAAGGAGGCGGAACGAGUCGCCGCAGAGUUCCUGAAGGACGACGAGGCGCCAACGCCGGCGGACAAGAUUCCAGUGGAGGACUCUUUUGCCAAGUCCAUGGCAGUCGCCAAGGAGAUCGCUCUGAAGCUGUCGGGCCAGCCUCCCAUGCCGCCGCCUUGGGCGGGCCAGGUGGCCCUCCGAGGAAGGAUCCGGCCAAACCUCCCGGCGCCAGCAAUUGGCCUCCGGACAACCACCGCCGUCGCCAAGCCUGCUCCUCUGAACGCCUUCCUCUCCAUCAGACCACAAACCCCUGAAUCUGCAGCACCUGAAGACAACCCACUGGCGUCUGAACCUGUACCCAUGGAGAUUGAGGAUCAGGAUGAACCCAUACAGGAACCAGCACCGAUGCCCGUGAACAUACCAGCGUACAUACCAGCUCAGGUGUCUGUGCAAAUGCCCCCGCAAAUGCCUGUGCAGAUCCCCGUGCAGAUGCCAGUACAGAUACCGGUGCAAAUGCCAGUGGAGCCUCCUCCCCAGUUCCAACCUCCUCCCCAGUUCCAACCUCCUCCCCAGUUCCAACCUCCUCCCCAGUUCCAACCACCUCCCCAGUUCCAACCACCUCCCCAGUUCCAACCACCUCCCCAGUUCCAGCCUCCUCCCCAGUUCCAACCUCCUCCCAUGUCAGGGAACCAGAGGCUGGUGGCAGUGGAUUCUGACGAGGCGGCCCCAGGGGUCCCUGCCAGUGAGCAGAUGCGGACCGUCUUCGUGAAGCCCCCUCCCUUCAUGAACUCCGGCGACGGAGCACACCGCUCGGAGAAACUCAAGACCCACCUGGCGGCAGCCAAGGCCAAGGACCUCUUCGACAUCUUCUACAGCGGAGUGAGCCAGUCUGGCCCCUCCGCCUUCCCCAAAGCAGCGACCGCAGACACCAGGACCCCGACCAGUGGGACCAAGACCGGCGAGGGCAAGAUGAAACCAUCGCAGCCGGUCCUGCAAAGCAUUACCAAACCCGUGCCUCCCCCGUCCUUCCUCCCCAAAACAACUGAACUCAAACCGGCACUCCAACCUCUAGUCCAACAAGUACCACAGACCCACCCAGACCCAAUACCACUGGCCCAACCAGUACUUCAGACCAGUCUUGACACAGUUCCCCAGACCCACCCAGACCCAAUAGCACAGGCCCAACCAGUACUUCAGACUAGUCUUGACCCAGUACCCCAAACCCUCCCAGACCCAAUACCACUGGCCCAACCAGUACUUCAGACCAGUCUUGACCCAGUACCCCAGACCCACCCAGACCCAAUACCACUGGCCCAACCAGUACUUCAGACCAGUCUUGACCCAGUACCCCAGACCCACCCAGACCCAAUACCACAGGCCCAACCAGUACUUCAGACCAGUCUUGACCCAGUACCACAGACCCACCCAGACCCAAUACCACAGGUCAAACCAGUACCACAGAACAAACCUGACCCAUUACCACAGGUACGACCAGACCUCAGACCUGAGGCCCAACCAUGGGUACAACCAGUUACGAGCCAACCUGACCCAAUACCACAGGUCGAACCAGUACCACAGCCCCAACCUGACUUGGAGUCUCCAACUCGAUCCAAAGUACAACCAGUACUACAAAUCCAACCGGAGCCAGUACCACAGUUCCAACCAGUACUACAGAGCCAGUCCGACCCAAUACCAGAGGUCCAACCAGUACUACAGAUCCAGUCUGACCCAACCCCACAGGUCCAACAAGUACUACAGAUCCAGCCUGACCCAUUACCAGAGGUCCAUCAAGAACUACAGGUCCAGUCUGAGCCAGCACCCCAGACAAAACCCCAUGUACAACUUACCCCACAGGACCAGCCUGACCCCAUACCCCAGACCCAUUCCCAAGUACCCCCAGUAUCCCAGAUCCAAUCUGAAACGAUACCACAGACCCAACCGCAAGUACAACUACUAUCCCAGACCCAUCCCGACCCACAACCAGAACCCCAAACCCUUCUUGCUUCAGAGACCCAAGUUGAACCACAGUUUGGACAACUGGAUCUGCUGCCAAGUCUGCACGGCCAGGAUGAAGAUCUGGAGCUGACCACAGCUCCGACCACCCUGUCAGAGUCCCCGAAAACUCCUAAAACUAAGAGCCGAACGUCUCCGCAAGCCAAGAAGACCUCUCCGGCCUCCCGCCCUGUCCGACAGACGCGCUCCCAAACCCGCUACCAGACCCGCCGGCAGCGGAGCCAGUGUGAGUCCGGAUCGGAGUCCGGCCUCGAAAGCGAAGAGGCAGCAUCCAACUCGGAAGGGCCAGAGACUGGCACCAAUCUCGAGCCGCAGGUGGAGCCGCAGGUGGAGCCGCAGGUGGAGCCCCAGGUGGAGCCCCAGGUGGAGCCCCAGGUGGAGCCCCAGGUGGAGCCCCAGGUGGAGCCCCAGGUGGAGGAGACGCUGUUGCCCGUUGACACCCCCCAAAACCCAGACACCCCUGACAUUAUCACCACUGAAACCCUCGGCCUGCCUUCAGACAUGAUGUCCCUGGGGUUCGAGUAUGACUUUAACUUUGAGUGAGCGAUGAUUCCAGGCUCUUCAGGGUGACUCUAGAACCAUGUUGAUUUGAUGUUUAACUCAAAUUAGCUAGCAAGCUAACCUAGUGUGCUAGCCUCUCAGGCUAGCACACUGACCAUGGAAUUGAGUAGGGAAGUCCCAGUCAGACAUUUAUGACUUUAUUUUUUUUGUUUAAAAGAUCCCAGUGCUGUUCAAGUUGAGCUAACUUAUCUCGGUUCCUCGUGUGACCCCUUGCUUGUUUGCCUACGGGGGAACAUCCUGACUUUGAUUUCUCGUGGAUUGUUUUUAUUUUUUACCCAUGACUCGCCGCAUCGCUCUACCAUUUUGUGUCCUGUUUUGCUCUUUAAACAUUUACACAAAAGUCUUUUGAUACAGAUACAAUGCAUAGUCCUGCGUUGGAAUGUUCUGGUUAGUAAAGUUUGGACCAAACCCUUUUCCCCGGAGAUCUCUUCUGUGGUGUCUGAGAAGUGUCAACAUUGUCCCCUUACAAUGUUACCAUAGAAACAGGCCAUGUCAUCCCACCCCCCUGCUCUGCCAGACUAACAGACCACCUGUCCUGUACAUGUUGAUGCUUCUGUAGUUUAAUAAUAAAGUCUAGUGACCACAGCGACCCCUCCUGUUGUUAUUAGACUUGCGCUCACUUUAUUACCUGAGAAUCGUAGCCAGCUAAAGUUACCAAGUCGAGGCUGAUGAAUCCUAGCAUUUACAUUUUAGAGAGGCAAACAAUGAUAAAGUUGGAUAAGAGGUGUACAUACAAUGAUUAAGUUGGCUAAGACAUUGACCUACACCUAGUGGAGACAGACCAAUACCAUGUCCGUUGGCUACAGGAGAAUAAUGAAUCAAUGCGUCACUACCAGCCGGUGUGGUCUCAGCCCUAGUGUUCACUAGAACCACCACCACUAGAACCACCAGCCGAGGGUGGAGUCCAUGGGGUCGUCCCCCCCCCAGCAGGAAACCGGUAGGCCGGGAAGGUAAUCGUAUUAAACCUUCAGAUGGGGGCGUUUGCUUAACUUUGUGUGUAUUUAAUGAUUCAGAUAAGUUGUAUUUUGUCAAACGUUUUUUUUUUUUUUCAAUAAAGAAUGAGGAGAACAUAUCAGGCUCCAGACAUUCCUUCACAGAAUUAGUGUGAACAGCUCAUUGAUACCAGAUGACGUUAAAUAUGUACUGUCAUAAUAUUAUACUCCACUGUGUG